ACCCGCAAUCGACCCUUAACCUGGGGAAAAAGUGAAAAGGCAAAAAAAGGAGAGGAAAAAGAAAAGAAUGUAACAAUAGAUGCGACUACCUAGAAAAAAAGAGAUGAUAUAACGCCCGCCCACUCGAACCACCACCGCCUCCAAUCAUCCCAGAUCCAAUAAACAAUGCCUCCUCUCUGGCCCUGGCCAUCCACCACCCACACCGCUCCCAACAAAAACGACCCCAACAACCCAUGGCUCUGCGCGGGACCCCUCUCCUCAUUCCCCAACAUCAUUCCCGCCCCGGGAGAAAAUCAAGUUCAACUAUGCCCGUUGCUCGAACCAGGAAUCUCCAAUGAGAAUGAGAAGAGCACACCUUCGGACACAGAUCCGACCGCGCCCCCUCAACAAACGCAACCCACCUGCAGAGUCUUCUCCCCAUCCACCACCACCACCUCCCCCUCCUCCUCCUCCUCCCCCUCAUCAUCACCACCCUCACCUACCCCACCCACCCUACCCUCGCAAACCCCCGACAAAGCCACCGAAUCCUCCCUCCUCCUCUUCCAGUACCGCUCCAAACUCUACGCAACCCCUUACCUCUGCCCGCACCAAUCCUACCCCCUAACCCACGCCAGCCUCUCCGACAUCGAGGACUUUGGCGUCAUCCUCAGUGCCGGAAUCACGUGCCCUAGGCAUGGCUGGACCUGGGAUCUGCACACGGGCGAGGCGGACCGGGGCAGGUACCGGUUGCCGCUGUACGAGGUCCAGGUGAGGGAGGAGGACGAGGGCCAGAAGACGGUUUGGGUGAGGAGGAAGGAGAGGAAGAAGAUGGGUUGAGAAGAGCACAGCAGCCUGCUUCAAGGGGCAUCUAUCACUCAUAUGCCGCACCCACCUCAGCUGCCACG